UACACGUCAUCACCUGUUGGAGUUGUUUUCGUGCGCCAAACAAUCACAAUGAGAAGAGAGGAAGGGGGAAUCCUCCUCACGAGCAUCAUCACCGCUCUCCUUCCUGUUGUUCAUUGUAUUUCCUGUCUCGUGCACCGGCACCCACACCAGCCAUGCACCGCUCCUACGUGGUUCUGGUGGCUUGGAUCCGAAUGUCUCCUCCUUUCCACCGCACCGUGUUUGUCUUCACGCUGGCUCUUGUUGUGUUCGGAUGACUCUUUUGUUUGGUUCUACCUUUGUUUGGUUCUACCUUUGUUUGGUUCUACCUUUGUUUGGUUCUACCUUUGUUUGGUUCUACCUUUGUUUGUCUCUACCUUUGUUUGUCUCUACCUUUGUUUGUCUCUACCUUUACCUGCACGCUGACUCACCGUCACGUGGUGCGCACUGCUGCCACUCAUCUCCAGUGACGCACUUUUUGGUUUUACGCGUACAAACAAGGUCCACACGAAGCAGUGCUUGGACUACAUUUACAUUUGAUCCAUUCAAACGAGGAUGGAACCUUCCUGGAUGCGAGUUGCAGACGACAGGGACGACUUGGAUUGCCUCUUCCGGUGCGUGGAGGGUUUUUACGCACGGCUUCAUUGCCGCGUAACAAACUUUUAAACUGUCCCAGAAAUGGUUCUGAUGACGAGGGGGUCCUGAGUGAGGAUUCUAUUCAAGACGAAAUCAUGAUGUGAACUGGAUUUAUUUAUUUUUAAUCCAAGCUGAGUUUGCUUUUACGCAGCUUUUACGCACGGCUGCUGCUCUUUAAAAACGCUGUCCGAACUCGCCGUACUGAUCAAGGGUGAUUUCCUGCAGGGAAUUUAGCUUCACAUGAAAGUGGAAUGCUUCUUGCUCUCUUUUUGGACUUUUCCCACCCUUUUUGCGAACUGGACUUUAGUUUUACGCACUUUAAAAUCUUAAAACAGUGUGUGACAUUUCCAUGAAAUGACAAUGGAAUUUGUUUUAAUACGGGAUUGAUUGAUUGAUUGAUUGAUUAGCUCGCAAAAACACGGAGGAUUGGCUACUUGUCUUAAUUGUUGAUGAAUGCGAAGUGGCGCAGUGGUUUUACGCACGGCUGUUGCGCACGCCUUGAAUCCUGAAAUAGUCCUGAUGAUAAAGAAAGGGUUAUAACGAUAAUGUAACAUAUCACUGGAAUAUAUGACGACUGUUUUUUGCCCUCUUAAUUGACUUUUGGACUUUUUUCUGUGGACUGGACUCUUGAAAACGUCCCAGGAAUGAUGAUGAUGAUGGCCUAAGACAUUAUUUAACACUCAAUGACUCUUUUGUCUUUUACUCUCUUGAGUGUUUCUGUGAAUUGAACUCUUUAAAAUACUAAAAACUGUAUCAUAAACUGCUCAUAAUUCAUCAUUUUGGGUCUGAUUUAGCCUUUUUCUGUCAAAUAUAAGUUUUAAAAAACAGAAAAGCUGUCUUAUGUGGACAUAAAUCAACAUUUCAAGUAAGGUCUUUUGCUGCCUUGCUUGUCUUUGCUCACCUUUUUCUGGGAAUCGGACUCUUUCAAAACCUAUGGGGGUCUUAAGGGGUCAUAAAUCAAGAUUGCAAGGAAGGGAAUAAAACAGGAAGACUGCCUUUUGUGUGAAUUUAACCUCUGAGAAAUGGUCCCAAGGCUGGCAAGUGCGUCAUAAAUUGUCAUUUUCCAUCUUCCCGUUUUGACGUCCGGACAUUAGGAAGCACGGAAGACUGCUUCCUUGAUGGCCUUUUUCACCUUUCCCUGCCAAUUCCAAGGCUUUAAAAAGCUUUAAAAAGCAUAAUAGCUGUCAUAAAUGGAGAUUUCCUGUAAGGAAUACUGACUUCUCCUUUCCUCAUUGGAUUUUUCACCUUUUUCCGUGACGUGGACGCCCUGAGGGUCUCUCAAAUGUCCCUAAUGAUGAUGACGGGGUGCUGAAGGAGCUCCCAAACUGGAAUAUAUAUAUGGAAUAUAUAUAAUAUAUAUAAUAAUAUACGGAGGACCGGUUAUCCUUGCCUUGACGCCCGUGUAUUUCUAACCUCAUCUCGGAAGUGGACUUGGCUUUUAUUCAGGACCGGGACUGUGAUGGGAAGGACGGGGGAAGGGCGCCGCCCCAGGAGGCUCAGCGAGACCCGGACCAGAGUUCCCGCAGGGUCCAGCCCCCCCGCCCGGUGAUCCAGCAUGCCCCACAACUGGCCCGACCUCUCCGAGUGCCUCCCCCAAAACUGCAGCUGGGCGGAGCGGCGCAACGCCACCCCGACCCCGGACGACCUCCCGCCGCUCAACUACUACAGCCUCCCCCUCCUCGCCGCCAUCACGGCGGCGUGCACGCUGCUCUCCGUGGUGGGCGUGGCCGGCAACGUGAUGACCAUCCUGGUGGUGAGCCGGUACCGGGACAUGCGCACCACCACCAACCUGUACCUGUGCAGCAUGGCGGUAUCGGACCUGCUCAUCUUCCUGUGCAUGCCGCUCGACCUCUACCGCAUGUGGCGCUACCGACCGUGGCGCCUGGGAGACGCCCUCUGCAAGCUCUUCCAGUUCGUGUCCGAGUCCAGCACCUACUCCACCAUCCUCAGCAUCACCGCCCUCUCCGUGGAGCGAUACGUGGCCAUCUGCUUCCCGCUGCGCGCCAAGGCCCUGGUGACCAAACGCCGAGUCCGAGGCCUCAUACUCCUCCUGUGGGGCGUGGCCCUCCUGAGCGCCGGGCCCGUCUUCGUCAUGGUGGGGGUGGAGCGGGACGACGUGUACGGCCUGGACGUCAACCACACCCGAGCCGCCCUGGACCGCCGUUUCCCCGGCGACACCCGGGAGUGCAAGAUGACCCGCUACGCCGUGGAGUCGGGCCUGAUGGGCGCCAUGGUCUGGCUGAGCUCCAUGUUCUUCUUCGCGCCCGUCUUCUGUCUGACGGUUCUCUACAGCCUCAUCGGGCGCCGCCUGUGGCAGAGACACCACCAAACCAACAUCAGCUCCUCUGUGGCCCACAGGGACAGGAGCCACAGGCAGACCAUCAAGAUGCUGGUGGUGGUGGUGUUGGCCUUCGUCCUGUGCUGGCUGCCCUUCCACGUCUGUCGCUACCUGCAGUUCCGCUCCCUGAACGCACCGUCCCCGCUGCUGUCCGCCCUGUCGGAGCACUGCAGCUUCGUGUCGGUGGUCCUCUUCUACCUGAGCGCCGCCAUCAACCCCAUCCUCUACAACACCAUGUCCUGGAAGUACCGGGGAGCGGCGGCUCGUCUCUUCGGGCUCAGCGACCACCAGCCGCCGCGAGCGCGCACGGCCAGCACCCUGAAGGCGGACGGCUGGACGGAAUCGACCAUCAGCUUCUAAACUAAAAAAAAACAACAACUAUCUUCUAGCAGACUCUUAGAACUUAUAAGCUAUUCUUACAUUGGACGCUAUUUAUUUCCUGGAUGACAAUGGAAGCACUGUAGAACCUGGGACCUUGUCACCUUGUGGACGUGUGUAUGUGUGUGUACGUGUGUAUGUGUGUGUGUUGCGUACAUGGACAUUGUGUAAUUCAUGUACACUGGAACCUCUAAAGUAGGAAGACUAUUUGUUUUUCCUGACGUCGUUACUUCAACCUAAGAGUCUUAACUGUCGCAAGUGUGGGUUUCACUCUAUUAGAAAGACGAAAUACAAGUAAAAUAAAUCAAAAAUACACAAGUAUGAGUAUAGUGACUGAGGGGGUUGGACGUUCAGGGGUGUCCAAAGUGUGGCCCGGGCAUCAUUUAACAAGAAAAUGUAGAAAAUGUAAAAAUCUGCAAUCAUUUUGAAAAUGAAAUAAAUAAUUACAAAAAAAAACAUUAUUGGCCGAUAUAUCGAUUAUCAGUCGAUAUCGGUAUCAGAUUUUUUUCCCGAUUAUGAAACCCGAUAUAAAAAAUGCUGUAUACAACACGUAUGCGUUCAUUCCACCACAGGAGAUGUCAUGUCACACAUAUCGAUAUCGGCUGAUAUCGGUAUCGGAAAUUGAGAGUUGGACAAUAUCUUUUCAAGAAUAAAGUCAAAAUAUUAAGAAAAAAAUAUGCAAUGUCGCAAUUAUAAGAGAAUAAACUUUUAGUAUUAUGAAAAAUAAUAUUUAAUUAGCAUGGAGUUAACAAUAACAGCAAAAAUGGAAAAAUCGAAGAAUAAAGUCACAAUAUUACGAGACAAAAGUUAGAACCUAACGAAAAAAAAGUAGGAAGCAGUGUAAUAAUAUAAUAAUAAUAUUAAAUGACAAAUGAAAAAAUGGUCAGUUUGAAUGAACCUCGAUUUGGAAAGUAAACAAGACACUAGCAGGCGGCCAUGUUGGCUUUGUGUUCAUGAAGCAUUUCCCAAAUAGCAUUUAGUCAUUUAUAGUGACAUGCUAUUCUACUUGGUCACAUCAAGCUAAGUAUGCUGCUAUUUAUUUAGUAUUACACAGUAACUUCCACUUCCUCUUCUAUGGUUGUCAUCGCUUUUUUUCUGAGAGUUGUUGACUUUGGAGGUUCCACUGUCGCUCUUUUGUCAAAGUCGUGGAAACAUACUGUCAAUUCAUGUUUGCGUCCAUGUUUUGUAAUGAAUGCUCAUUUGUAAUGAUAUUCUUGAUGCAUUAUGUAAAUAAUUCAAAGCCUUUUGGCAAGCUGCAGUCAAUUGUCGAGCAAGCGUUCGCCGCUUUGAUUGAUGGCUGUGAAGCCCAACAAUAAGAAACGUAUUCUUCACAAAGGAUCCUGCAUUAACGUGAUUGUAAAAGCUGAAUUUGUGAUUAUGGGGUGUCGGUGGAGUGUUUACUUUGGCUGUAGCGUGUAAAUAUUCAAUAGAUGCUUUGCAAUGCCGCCAUUAAAUUCAUCA